UGGGUCCCGGCCUGUCCCUGUCCAGGCUGGCAGACCGGGCGCUCUCGGCUGUGGGCGGUGUGACGUUGCGGGCCCAGCCCAGGGAGGGCCGCCCAGGGAGGGCGGACCUCGGGUCGGACCCGCAGCCCCCAGCCCCGGGGCCUGGGGGUCCCGCUCACCUUGCCCCGGCUUCCUGCCGGUCGCCACCACCCCUAGCCUCUCCGGCUGAGCUCGGCGCCCCAAAGAAGAUUAAGUAAGUGCUGAGGUCGCGGCUUCUGUGCAAGAAUGGAGGAAUCACAGAGUUGCGAAGCACCCAAGGAGGCAGGGAGCUCUCUUCACUCAAGGACGUGGCCACCUGUAUGGGUACUGGGGGCCACAGGCUGGGACACCCCUGAUGUCAGAAGUGAGUGGGCAGGUCGACGGACCACAAGCAGUCUCUCAGCAUCAGCAUGGACUCCAGGAUCCCAUCUGCUAGGGGCUGGAUCAGCGGCCACCCGCUCACCUCUGAGUCUGACCUGGAGCGUGCCACAGAGGGGCCAGCUUCCGAGACCACCACCGUCAGCCCAGAAGCCACCAGCUUUAAUGACACCAGAAUCCCUGAUGUGGCUGGUGGCACAGCCGGCGUGGGCACAAUGCUUCUGUCCUUUGGGAUCAUCACAGUAAUUGGCUUGGCUGUGGCCAUGGUUUUGUACAUCAGGAAGAAGAAGAGGCUGGAGAAGCUUCGCCACCAGCUCAUGCCUAUGUACAACUUCGACCCCACGGAGGAGCAAGAUGAACUGGAGCAGGAGCUGCUGGAGCAUGGGCGGGACGCGGCCUCCGUGCAGGCCGCCACCACUGUGCAGGCCGUGCAGGGCAAGACCACUCUCCCCUCUCAGGGCCCAAUGCAGAGGCCCAGCCGGCUGGUGUUCACCGACGUAGCCAAUGCCAUCCACGCGUGAGUAGCCCAGGGACAGGCUUGGACCUCUGAUGAAGACACCUGCCACAGUGCCCACAGCUGCCCACUCUGAGAUCAUUAAGACCUACUCUCAGGAGCUGCCCUGCCAAGGCCUCAGCUAUUUUGAGGACCCAGCUGCCGACUCUCCAGGCUCUAAAAGAGGCCCCUGGCCAGUUUGGGCAUAUGGCCAGUGAUAUCCCCUGAUCUGAGGGCCCUGGCAUGGAGAGCAUCCCUCAUGUCAGGAAGUCUUCCUUAUGCUGGCUGGCUUCCUUGUGCCCUUCCCUGACCCCUCACAUCAGGGUCUGCUUCUCUAAUGUGGAGGAAAUAGGGGGAGACAUGGGAUGGGAGGAGGAAGGGGAGGAGAGUAGGGGGGUUCCCUUCCAUAAGGGAGAGAUGUAUCUUUGGAAUCUGGAGUCUCCUCUGGGGUGGGGCGAGGCAGCCACCAGGUCUCAGGCGCAUGGUAUGGUGGUACCCUGGGAGAGGCUCAGGGAUAGAGCUGAAACUGCCCAGUGGGCAAGGAUACCGGGAGGAGGGCUGCUCAUACCCAAGGUCUGUCCAUAUUACAGGGAUCCAUGAGGUCUUCCAGCCACCCCUCCCUGGUGGCCAGCUAUUGGCUGGACCCAAGCUAGGAUGAGAGCUGAGGGGGAAGAGAGGUGGGGAAGCAUAUGUGGAGGGAUGCAGUGCCCAGACCUGCUGGAAGGCUUCCUGCACGUGCAUGAAUGUGCCCACCUGCAGACAUGUUCCUAUCCCAGCACAGGGAGCAGGAUGGAGACCCCUGCAUGGACUCCACCCUCUAAGCUGAGCCCACCCCAUGGUGUGUAGAGGAGCAUUAAGUAGGCUACCUUCUCCACCUUCAGUGUUCAGGGACUGACGGGAGAGGGAAGCAAAGGCAAGGGUGCACUGCCCACCACAUCUCUUCACUGGGCUCUAAAAGCCAGGUAACCUGCUUCUGGAAUGUUUCCCUGUCUUGGUGUUUAUUGGGAACCCAGGGUUGGGGGAGGGGCUGUUGGUCGGAAGGGCGGUGGUCACGGGCUGCAGGCUAGCAGGGGAAGUUCUGACUGCCUGAAACAGGGUGGGGAUAGCCCCUUGGAAAACAGACCUAAGAGACCUAGUCUGUGUUUUGAUCACACAACCACCUACCCAUUGUCCGCCCACCCUAUGCCCCACAGGAAUUCUGCCAGUCUGGGGCAUCUGGGCAAGGCACUGGGUCAAGCCAGACCCCAAGAGCUGGGCACUGCUUCUCCACUGGGCACACAUGCACACAUAAGCAUGCACAGUCGCACGCCCCUGUGCCCAGCCUCACCGCCAUCACUGUCCUCCACUGGUUGGAGGGGACACAAGGGCAGCAGGUACAAACCACGUAUCAGGACAUGAGAGCCUAGGAGGACUUCAUGGGGAAGGUUCUGGAUUUAUUUCCUCCUCUAGAUGCUAUAAAUAAGUUAGCAUUUGAGCCAACUGGAGGGCUGUGGGUAAUUUAGGAUGCACAGAAGCUGUAAUUUAACUCACAGCAUCUCCAUGUGAGAGCAUUAAAGAUGUAAUUAAGACAUUUACACAAAGAGAGUGUGAACCCGUGAGACCAGGGAUGUGAAACCCCAGGAGGGGUGGGAUGGGUGAGGGGCUGUGGGGGGGAUGGUCGCUUGGAUCCCAGCAAUGAGGUAGAAGCCCAGCUGGCUCUCCUUGAUCUAUCCAAUGAACUGCCUCCAGUCCUGAGUUCAAGGCUGCUCUGGGGCCUUGUGCCUCAGCUGUGGAAUGGGGUCACAAUACCUGCCAUACCUUUGGUUGGAGAGGCCAAGUGGACAGGACCUGUGGGACCAGAGGAGGGAGGAGGCUUGAGCCCAAGGGCCAGGGGGAGGCGUGGUGCCUCAGGACCCAUAGGAGCUGAGUCUGAAACACAAAAGAGAACAAAAUGCUGUGGUAUUCCCCAGAGCCAGGAGUGCAGGGCAUGGGUGGUGUUUGGAAGCCACAGGGUUCUGUGUGGGGAACCCACCUGCAGGGUUCAGAAGGGCUUAGAGGGUUUGGUCACUAGGGUGACCAGAUGCCCUAGUUUUCUCAGGUCUGCACACUUUUAGCAUUGAAAAUCUCACACGCCAGGACUUCAAGUAACAUCCAGACCCUCUGCUAAAGAAUUGAGCCUUCAGGCAGGCAUAAGUGGAAACGAGGAGGGGUGAGCCCCAGUCCCACGGAGGGCUGGGCUGGGGGCAGGGGCUGCGGGAUGGGGCCUUGGGUAAGAGUGAGGGUCCCCAGCACCCCAUGGGCCUCCCACACUGGGCUCAGACAGCCGGGCCUGUCAGUGACAACCCUGGUCUUGGGGAGGGGUCUUCUUCCCUCAGCAGACUGGCAGAGGAUUUCUGAGGAUGAGGGGACAAGGGGUGUGUGGGCACCCCCCAUCCUGUUGGAUAGCCCCUCAGCCCAAGAAUGUGGGAGACCCAAUGUCUGGGAGACCCUAAAAAUGGAGUCUGCAGGGUAAGGCUGGCACCCAGGGACCAGGACCUGGGAUGGGAGCUCUAGGAGGACCCUGUCCUCAUUCUCUCCCCCUGCCCGUCCCAGGCCCCUGUCCUGGUGGGUGGGUUUGGCUGGGUGAUGGACACAGGGCAGCUCUCUCUGGGUGAUGGGGGCUGCCUCUUCCUCCUUUAUCCCCUCACAGUCACCCCCUCUUCCCUUCCACCUACCUUCUGUUUUCUAGCUCUUUCUCAGUCCUGGAGGAAAACCAAAUUCCCCCAA